AUGCUCCAAGAAUUCUGGAGAAAUGAAUUGGCGGAAGAUGCGGAAGAUAUAGAUGAACGAAGAAUGCUCCAGCUAUAUGAGCAGCGACAAACGGUACGUCAAAGAGCUCAAAGUUCUUCCGGUAGAACACAAAGGAGAAGGUAUUUGAAUCGGGAUCGUGAAAUUGGACAUGCUCGUCUUUUCAAUGAUUACUUUUCUGAUGAUCCGGUCGAUGCAGCGGGGAAAAAAGGUUUCUCACCACUUCAGAAAUGCACAACGGUUAUUCGCCAAUUGGCGUAUGGAGCCCCUGCUGAUCAUUAUGAUGAAUGUGUAAUUGAAGUGUUUGGGGCCCAAUAUUUAAGAAAAUCUAAUGCUGUUAAUAUCAAACACUUGCUUGAAAUGCAUGAGCAGAGACAUGGUUUCCCUGGCAUGUUGGGCAGUCUUGAUUGGUCACACAAUGAUAUCUAUGUGCUUAAUGAAUCACCGUUAUUCAACGACGUCUUACAAGGGAAUACACCCGAGGAGGCUGCGAGAAAGGAUGUCGAGAGGGCAUUUGGGGUGCUCCAAUCACGAUGGGCAAUGAUAAAAGGUCCUGGACGAUUUUGGUACAAGGAUAAUUUGAAGGACAUCAUGUAUACCUAUAUUAUUUUGCACAACAUGAUUAUUGAGAAUGAGGGAGAUGCAGUAGUCAAUUGGUCGGACGAUGAAGGAGCUUCUCAAUCACAAAUAUUUGAAGGCUCCACUCAAGAAUUCCAAGCAUACAUCCGUAGAAAUUACGAGUUACGUGAUAAUCAAUUACAUCAUCAACUUCGAGCCGACGUAGUUGAGUAUAUCUGGGCACGCUAUAAUUGUAAUCAGUGA